AUGGAGACUGCACUAGCAACAACGCUGCACAAAAGGCAAGUCGAUUUUAUUGUUAUGCUGUUGUUGUUGUUGUGGGAGGCUGGCUCUGAGGCAAUUAGGUAUUCGAUGCCAGAAGAGACAGAAAGUGGCUACCUGGUGGCCAACCUGGCAGAAGAUCUGGGGCUCAGGGUGGGGGAACUGGCCACUCGAGGUGCGCGAAUCCAUUACAAAGGAAACAGACAGCUCUUGCAGCUUGAUGAAAAGACAGGCAAUUUGCUUCUACGUGAAAAGCUAGACCGGGAGGGGCUGUGCGGGGCGACAGAGUCCUGUGUCGUGCAUUUCCAACUGUUAUUGGAAAACCCGGUGCAGUUUUUUCAAGGCGAGCUGCAACUCACAGAUAUAAAUGACCACUCUCCAGAAUUCUCAGAGAGGGAAACGCUUCUUAAGAUCCCUGAGAGCGCGCAUCCAGGAACUGUGUUCCCUUUGAAACUAGCCCAAGACCUUGACAUAGGGAGCAACACUGUUCAGAACUACAUGGUCAGCCCCAACACCCAUUUUCACGUGCUCACUCACAGUCGUGGGGAUGGCAGAAAAUAUCCAGAGCUGGUGCUGGAUAAAGUGCUGGACCGGGAGGAUCAGGCCGACCUCAGCUUAAUCCUCACUGCUGUAGAUGGUGGGGAUCCCCCCAGGUCGGGGACCACCACAGUGCACAUUGACGUCGUGGACAUCAAUGAUAAUGCCCCUGAAUUUUUACAGUCGCUCUAUGAAGCCCAGGUUCCUGAGAACAGUGCCCUGAAUUCCGUCGUUCUUACGGUCUCUGCCCGAGAUUUAGAUACAGGACCAUAUGGGAGUGUACUCUAUACUGUAUUCCAAGGCAAUGCUUUUACAGAACCAUUUGUAAUAGAUGAAAGAACAGGAGAAAUUCGUCUGAAAAGAGUUUUGGAUUUCGAGGAAACCAGAUAUUAUAAUGUAGAAAUUGCAGCCACAGAUGGUGGAGGACUUUCGGGAAAAUGCACUGUAGCUAUAGAGGUGUUGGAUGUGAAUGACAAUGCCCCUGAGCUGACCAUGUCCACCCUGAGCAGAUCUAUCCCGGAAAACUCCCCAGAGACAGUAGUUGCUGUUUUCACUGUUUUUGAUUCAGAUUCUGGGGACAAUGGAAAGAUGAUUUGUUCCAUUCAGAACAAUCUCCCUUUCCUUUUAAACCACACUUUCAAGAAUUUUUACACCUUAGUGACAGAGAGCCCAUUGGACAGAGAGACAAGAGCCGAGUACAACAUCACCAUCACUGUCACAGACUUGGGGACACCCAGGCUCAAAACCCAGCACACCAUAACAGUGCAGGUCUCCGACGUCAACGACAACGCCCCCACCUUCACCCAAUCCUCCUACACCCUCUUCGUCCCAGAAAACAACAGCCCCGCCCUGCUCAUAGGCACCAUCAGCGCCACAGACAGAGACUCAGGCUCCAAUGCCCAGGUCACCUACUCGCUGCUGCCGCCCCAACACCCGCACCCGCACCCGCAGCCGCAGCCGCAGCCGCAGCCGGACCUCGCCUCGCUCGUGUCCAUCAACGCCGACACCGGGCAGCUGUUCGCGCUGCGGGCGCUGGACUACGAGGCCCUGCGCGCCUUCGAGUUCCGCGUGGGCGCCNUAGAUGGUGGGGCUCCUCCCCGGACAGGAACCGCAGAGAUUCAGAUACUGGUUCUGGACAGCAAUGACAACGCCCCCGAGUUUGCCCAGCAGCUUUAUGAGGCAAUGGUCCCUGAAAAUAACCCUCCUGGCUCUCUGAUUAUCACUGUCUCCGCAAUCGAUUUAGAUGAAGGGUCCUUCGGGAAGGUAUCUUAUGCACUAUUUCAAGAUGAGGACGUUAACCAAAAUUUCGAAAUGAAUGCACUUACUGGAGAGAUACGAUUAAGAAAAACUUUGGAUUUUGAGGAAGUUCAGUCUUAUCACUUGGACGUUGAGGCCACUGAUGGAGGUGGAUUAACAGGAAAAUGCUCUUUAAUCAUUCAGGUUCUGGAUGUCAAUGACAAUUCUCCUGAACUAACUAUGUCCUCGCUCUUUAGCCCCAUCCCAGAAAACUCCCCAGGAAUCAUAGUAGCAGUUUUCAGUGUUUCAGAUGCAGACUCCGGAUAUAACCAACAGGUUAUUUGUUCCAUAGAUGAAAAUAUCCCUUUUCUUCUAAGGCCAUCUGUAGAAAAUUUCUACACCCUGGUAACAGAUGGAGCACUGGACAGAGAGAAUAGAGCCACAUACAACAUCAGCAUCACCAUUACCGACUUGGGGACACCCAGGCUCAAAACCCAGCACACCACAACAGUGCAGGUCUCCGACGUCAACGACAACCUGGUGGUGGCGCUGGCCGCCGUGUCGUCGCUCUUCCUGCUGUCGCUGCUGCUCUUCGUGGCGCUCAGGCUGUGCAGGAGGAGCGGGCCGGCCGCGCUGGGGGUGUGCUCGGCGGCGCCCGAGGGCCCCUUCCCUGCCCACCUGGUGGACGUCAGCGGCACGGGGACGCUGUCGCAGUCCUACCAGUAUGAGGUUUGCCUCACUGGAGGCUCUGGGACAGAUGAGUUUAAAUUCCUCAAGCCCAUUAUCCCCAACCUCCCUCUUCAGGGAACUGCUAGGGAAAUAGAGGAAAGUUCCAGCGUUCGAAAUAGCUUCCUUCUCAGUUAAGUAUUGAAUCACUCUACAUGCAUGUUGUUUGUGAUGUUUCUUAAUUCAUUUUUAUUCUUGGGCUGA